AUGUCAAGUGAUAAGAAUGUGCUGUCGAUCCAGUCCCAUGUGACACAUGGGUAUGUGGGCAACAAGGCCGCUACGUUUCCAUUGCAGCUCCACGGGUUUGAUGUCGAUGCCAUCAACACGGUAAGCCUGUCGAACCACAGCGGCUAUCCAGUCAUCAAGGGCCAUCGCAUGGAUCUCACGGAGUUCACCACUCUCUUGGAUGGCCUUCGCGCCAACGAUUUCUUGAGCGACUACGCGUACGUGCUGACUGGGUACAUCAACAACGCCGACAUCAUCCGCCACGUAGCGGCGACCGUCGCCGAGGUUCGAGAGAAGCGCCAGCAGCAGGGGAAAAAGGAUAUCGUGUUUUUCUGUGACCCCGUGAUGGGUGACGACGGGAGGUUGUACUGCAAGGAAGAGGUGGUGGCAGCAUACAGGGAGCUGGUUGCCCACGCGAAUAUUGCCACGCCGAACUACUUCGAGGCGUCGAUCCUGAGUACUGUAGAGGUGAAAGAUCUCAUGUCGGCGAUCGAGGCGGCGAACUGGUUUCACGAGCAGGGCACGCCCACGGUGGUGAUUAAGUCCUUCACAAUGCCAGACGACCCGACACACCUUCGCUUCUUGCUUUCAUGCCACGACAAAGUGACAGGGUCGACGAAGCGCUACACGGGGGUAGUGCAGUACUACGAGGGGCGCUACACGGGGACGGGUGACGUGUUUGCGGCCUCGCUGGUGGCGUUUGCACACAACCACCCCAUCGAUUUGGCGGUCGGCAAGGCAAUGGGGGUAUUGCAGGAUCUGAUCAAAGCCACAGUCGAGCGCGGUGGAUCGGGAAAGGCGACACUGAACUCCCGCGAGCUGCGCGUGACGAGCGACCCUGACCGACUGCUGCAUCCGUCCACCGUGAUUUCGGUGACACCGCUGCCGUAG